AUGCUCCCUCGUCAGCUUCUCCGCACAGCGACAGCCGGAGAGAGCGGCCGCCAUGGCAUCCACCCCGGCCACUUCCUCCGCGUGUGUUUCCGCAGCACAUGCACGCUGUCGAUGCUGGUGAAUGUGCUGUGGCCGGUGGUGCCCGCCGCCAUCGCCCUCCAUUUCGCGCGGCCAGACCUGCACGUCUGGAUCUUCAGCCUGAAUUAUAUCGCGAUGGUGCCCGCGGCGAACCUGCUGGGGUUUGCCGGCUCGGAGCUGGCCAAGAAGCUGCCGCGCGUGCUGGGCAUCCUGCUGGAGACCACGCUCACCUCGCUGGUCGAGAUCGUGCUGUUCAUGCUGCUGCUGCACAACGACCAGGACGGCAGCCUCAUCCCGGUCAUCCAGGCGGCCAUCCUGGGCUCCAUCCUGGCCAACCUGCUGCUCUGUCUCGGGCUGUGUCUCUUCUGCGGCGGGCUGCGCCGGAACGAACAAACCUUCCACGAGGCAGUCAGUGAGGUCGGCUGUGGCCUGCUUCUCGUUGCUGGGUUUGGCCUGUUGAUCCCGUCGGCCUUUUCGGCAGCCUUGCGCAAUAAUAAUAGCGAUGAUUCGGAAAGUAUCAGCGCCGAUGUGUUGGCUGCCGAUACCUUGACUAUCAGCCGAUCGACCGCGGUGAUUCUUCUCAUUGCAUUCUUAAUGUACCUCUUUUUCAACCUGCACAGUCACCACAGCAUCUUCGACGACGUGCUUCGUUUUGACGAGACACAAGACGAAGAUGGCGAGAGGGAGCUGCAGCGGGCAAAGCUGACCAUGCCGGAAUGUCUGCUGGCCAUCAUCAUCGCCCUGGCGGCCGUGUGUAUGUGUGCCAUCUUUCUGGUGGAGGAGAUCGACUCCAUCGUCGCCCUCGGGGUGUCGGAUAACUUCAUCGGCUUGAUCCUUGUGCCGCUGGUUGAGAAAGCGGCCGAGCAUCUCACAGCCAUUGACGAGGCGUGGGAUAAUCAAAUCAAUUUCGCCCUCUUCCACUGUCUCGGUCCAUCCAUCCAGACAGCCCUGUUGAACGCCCCCCUGGCGGUGAUUGUUGGCUGGGCUAUAGACAAAAAGAUGGACCUCGACUUCGACCUCUUCAUGAUCGUCCUGCUGGUUCUGUCGAUCCUGGUCGUUGGCAACUUUCUGCGCGACGGCAAGUCGAACUAUCUCGAGGGAGGGCAGUGUGUAUUGGUUUAUGUGAUCAUCGCCGUUACUACAUGGUAUUAUCCCUGA